UGGCCCAAAUCAAGAUAGGUCUAUUUUCAAUUAUAAAAGGGGUAUUGUAGAUGCUGCAAACGAUGAUUCCGUUAGAAGUUUCUUCAUGAUAGCAGUUGCAAAUAGCUAUUUGUUAGCCAUUCCCUUAGAAGUUGUUUGACGAUCUUUCAAUGGAAGCCUUUGUGGAGCCACCUUCAGAUGAUUCGUCCGAGUUCAGUUCUGGAAGCAUGGAUUCAAAUUUGAGUUUUUCCGACGGAGACGAUACAAUUUCGUGGACAAAAACAAUUGCAUCAGGUCGAAAUGCUCGGCGUAAUGUACUUGUGUUUCCGCGGGAAGUUUGCAGGUUCUUAACUGCCUUUCCCACGCAAAUAGAUAUUUUCGAUGCAGAUAUGGGGAUUGUGUACCAAGCAGAGCUACGAUGCAGGCCGAGAAAUACAGAGGAGAAUGCGUACAUAGGGGUUGGAUGGUAUGAGUAUGCCAGACAGAGAAGGCUGAAGAGAGGAGACAAGUUGUCCUUGAGGAUAAACAGGGAGGCACACACAUUGGUCGUUUGGCUGUUGAACCGUUGAGGGAGGGAGUGUAAUCGCUUUUGAUGGGAUUUAUGUUGUACUGGUUGUCCAUUUAAUGGAUUUUAAACUUGGGUGAUUCCACUUAGUUUUCCCAAGUUAAUUAUCAUAUGUUUCUCGAUGUAUUUAUAUCUCGUUCCUUGUUAGAGGAUAUU